AUGUCGAAUAUAAUGUUUCAAGGUGAUCCUGAGGAACAACUCAAAGAAAUGGAACUUCCUUGUGAACUUGGCAUGCCAUUAGAAGAACUUCUUGCUCCACGCGAACAAAAUAACAGAUCACAAAAACCUCCUCGAGCACAAAAUAAAUUCAUUCUAUAUCGGAAACAUUACAUUGCACGCGCGAGAAAGAAUAAUCCUCAAAGGACAGCAGGAAUGAAAGCGCGUGAACUUUCGAAGGAAGCAAGCCAAAGUUGGGAUUCUGAGUCGAAUGAAGUGAAACGAUAUUUUACUAUUAUGGCAGAAGUCGCUGUCAAGAGGCAUAAAGAGAUGUAUCCAGGGUACACCUACGAACCUGGAAAAAAAAAGGAUAAACAAGUGGAUCUUGAGGAAAGCUUCUCAUCAUCAGAAGAUGAAUUCUCUGAAUAUCUUAAUUAUGACCAAUGCGAUAAUCUUACAGAAUAA